AAUAUACUUAGCGCCUAAGUGUACCUAUUCCAUCUCAUUGGUCGUUAUGCUGUGUUUAUUUCUAUUAAUUUCUGGCAUAGUGUUUGCUAAUGGCAGUUCUGUUGAAGAACGUUUGAAAAUUCUUGAAAUAAUUGUUGCUAAACAACAAGUCGAGAUGGAUGUAUUUAAACAGGCAAAUAUAGAACUGAAACAGGCAAAUCUCCAGUUGAAACAUGACAAUACAGAAUUAAAACAUGACAAUAUGGAACUAAAAAGCCGCGUGAAAAAAAUGGAACUAGACGUUUCGAAUCUUAAAAAAGUUGUUAUAAAUAACAACUUUAACUAUGAAAGUGGCAUUAAUACAGCAAUGCAUGAAACAGUUGACAGUCUAAAUAAAAGCAACGAAUUAGGUACAUCGGAUGGACAUGACAAGCCAAAUCUUCAAAACGACCAAAAUGGGGAAGCCAUUGCAAGUUUUUUUAAAAAGGAACUAUUACAAUCAGAAAGGAUUGCGUUUCAUGUCUUCUUUUCUUCAAGCAAAUGUUUCAAUGGUCAUGAAAUUAUUGAAUACGACACGGAAGUUUUAGAUAUUGGAAAUGGCUAUAAUGAGCAUGACGGGAUAUAUAUUGUACCAGAAUCCGGAAUAUACGUGUUUACUUGGACAUUCGCUGCUGAUUAUGCUGAAUAUAUUGUCACUGGAAUUGUAGUUAAUGGUGCGACUCAAGGAUGGACGGUAUCGGAUGCAUCUGAUCGAAGACUUUUGCUUAGUCCCUCAUCUGGUCUUGUUCUAGCCAGAGUGAACGCUGGGGAUCAUGUUUUCAUAAGACGUGUAGCAGGUCGAGGUUGCACUGCUUACAGUGGCCAGUCCAUUCAACCGACGUUUUCCGGAUGGCAACUUUCUCCAUGAAAUUAUGUGUUGACUUGAUUUUAGAACUACCAUUCACAAAGAAAUAGAUAAAAUGUGCAAGAGAAUUUAUGUUAAUGUUUGCUUGAUCAACUUGCAAUUACUAUUAUUGCACACGGACAAGCUCAUUCAAACCGAGCCUACGACGUUUUCAAUUUGCCGUAUAAGGCUUUCUUUAGGAUUCUGUUUUUCUCACAUUCAGUUCUAAUUAAUUUUUCAAUUAUACGACUUUCAAAUGUAUGCUUUCUACUACUACAUGUACGAGGGCUAUUACUUUACUACUUCGAUAUAUUCAAUGAGAUUUUAUCGUAGAAAUGUGUGGAAUAGACCGAUAGACCGAUUCAAAGGUUUGUUUUCACAAGACAUGAAAAAAACAUGAAAAAGUUACAAACAUUAAAUUUAUCCCUUAAACAUACAUAGCCCGGCAUAAAAGUGUAAAGCAAUGUCGACGUCAUUCGCCAGUCAAAUGGGCGUUGCAUUUUCUUAACCUAAUUGCCACUAAUUCUGACACAUUUUUGAUGUCUGUACAUCCACAUAUUGAACGUGGCGACAUAAUCAUGGUAGUGAAGGAUCCGAAACUACGCCUAUCGUAUUUCACCGAUCCGCAUUAACAUGAACAUUUACUAUGUAUAUAAUCAAUAAAUAAACAUAUCAGACAAUGUGUUUUAAUAAUGUAAUUUUUUUUUAAUAAUUUUUUCACGUUAGAAAUAUAAUCUUAGAUAUUUCAUUGGAGUCCUUAUCUCUUAUAC